AUGAGACGGAGCAUCACCACCACCUCCUCCACCAUAGCUUUCUGCAAUGGAAUGCUCCAAGUUUUAUAUGCUUUCACACCUCACAAGCCCUAUAUCAAACAGGUUCGUUCUCUUUACUCUCUGUUCUCACUUUUCAACGCUAGAUACAACUUCUCAACCACCACUUGUCUCGUAUACCCUUCAUUCCCCUCGUCUUCAACGACCCCAAAUAACAAUACCCAGAUAGAUUUAUCUUCUAUUUGUUGCAAUGGUAUUGCCCAAUCUGUCAUUUCUAGAUGUUCCCACUUUUCUGAGAAGAAAGGCAAAGGCUUUGCUAACGCGUCUCUAAAAGACCUUCUUUUGGAGAUUUCGGAUAUAGUACCUGAAUACACGCGUAGACUUAGGCGGGUUUCGGAGGUGAAACCUGAAGAUGUGCUUGGAUUAUUACUCGCUUUUCAAUUUCAGUGUGGGAAAGUUGGAUUUGAAGCUAGCAAGGUUGAGUCUUUGUGGGAAAUUUUCAAACGAGUUAAUGGACAAAGUAAGGGUUUUAAGCAUCUCUCUCAGUCAUGCGAGGUCAUGGCCUCGAUGCUUGUCCGAGUGGGGUUGCUUAGAGAAGUUGAAUUCUUGCUUUCCACAAUGGAAAGCCAAGGAAUUUUAUUGGAUAGUCAUGAAGUUUUCAGUAAUUUGAUUGAAGGGUGUGUUGAUGCUGGUGAAUCAGAAAUGGCCAUUUCUAUGUAUGAUCGAAUGAGGCGCCGUUUACUCCCUUCAUUAUCGUGUUAUGAUGCUCUUCUUGAUCAUUUGGUUAAAAUGAAGAAGACCCAUUUGGCUUUUCGAGUUUGUUGGGAUAUGACAGAAAUGGGUAUUGAUUUGAGAGGUGUGAAGAAGGCCACAAUUGAGGAUGUCAUUGGACUCCUUUGCAAGGACGGAAAGCUUCUGGAAGCAAGAAAUCUCGUCAAGAAGGCUAUGGCUUUUGAACUCAAGCCUAGUAACUUAGUUCUAUAUGAAAUUGCUUAUGGUUAUUGUGAGAAGAAGGACUUUGAUGAUUUGCUGAGUUUCUAUGCUGAAAUCAAGUGUGCACCUGAUGUUCUGGCUGGGAAUAGGAUUAUGCAUUCUCAAUGUAGCAAUUUUGGAACAGGAAAGGCAGAACUGUUUUUGCAAGAAUUGGAACAUUUAGGCUUCAAUCCUGAUGAGAUAACCUUUGGUAUCAUGAUUGGCUGGAGUUGUCGUGAACGAAAACUAAAAAAUGCCUUCAUUUACCUGUCACAGAUGUUGUCAAGACGACUAAAGCCCCAUUACUAUACCUAUAAUGCUCUUAUCAGUGCUGUCUUUAUGGAGGAUAUGUGGAAGCAUGCCCAGGAAAUCUUUGAUGAGAUGAUGGAUAGGGGGACAAUACCUGAUUUAUCGACGUUCAGAAUUCUCUUAGCAGGCUAUUGUAAAGCUAGACAAUUUGAUGAAGCAAAAAGGAUAGUGUUUGACAUGGCAAGCCAUGGAUUAAUUCAAAACUCUUCAGCAGAGGAUUCGCUAUCCAAAGCAUUUAUAAUUUUGGGUUUCAAUCCAUUAUCUGUGAGGUUGAAGAGAGACAAUGAUUUGGGGUUUUCUUCAACUGAGUUUUAUGAUAAUCUUGGGAAUGGACUUUAUUUGGAUACAGACCUGGAUGAGUAUGAGAAGAGAGUUACUUGGAUCCUAGAAGAUUGCAUGGUACCUGAUUAUAACUCACUUAUGAUGAAGGAAUGCACUCUUGGAAAUUUGAAGGGUGCAUUGAUGUUGGUAGAUGAAAUGGUUCGGUGGGGGCAAGACUUGUCAUCUUCUACCUUCUCUGCCUUAAUGAAAGGGUUCUCUGCAUCCCCUUCACAUAUUAAGGGUAUCACCGCUGUUGUGGAUAAAAAGUCUCACUUAGUAGAUCAGUUAGACCAAGAAACUUUAAAUUUGCUCGUCCAAGCAUACAUGAAGAAAGGGUUGAUAUGUGAUGGAAGGAUAAUAUUGGAUGGAAUGUUCCGAAGGCAUCUGAAAAUCAAGAAUGAGACAUACACUGCUGUCAUUAAAGGUUUGUGCAAGAGAGGAAAUUUGAAGGAGCUGCAUGCUUGUUGGAAUAAUGCUCAACAGAACAGAUGGUUACCCGGGUUGGAAGAUUGUAAAGUGUUAAUGGAAUGUCUUUGCAAGAAAGAGAUGCUAAGGGAAGCACUACAGCUUCUUGAAAGCAUGCUGAUAUCCUUGCCUCACCUACGGUUAGAUACAUGCCAUAUGUUCCUUGAAAAGCUUUCUGUUACAGGCUUUACAAGAAUUGCGCACAUAUUGUUGGAAGAACUUGAACAGCGUGGUGGCAUCCUGGAUCAUGUGGCUUAUAGCUAUCUUAUAAGAGGAUUGUGUAAGGAGAAAACUUUUCCUGUAGCAUUUGCAAUACUGGAAAAUAUGCUGGCUAGAAAUUUGGCACCAUGGUUGGACGAUUCUGUCCUAUUAAUUUCUCAUUUGUGUAGGGCUGGUAGAUAUGAAAAGGCCAUUUAUUUGAAAGAGAUUGGUCUAAGAGAAAAGCCUUCGUCUUCACUUUCCAUUGAUCGUGCAUUAAUUGAAGGCUGUUGUAUGGCAGGGGAGGUUGGAGAGGCAACCACUAUAUUACGGAAUAUGUUGUUAAAGGGGAUACUUCCUGAUACUGAAACUUACAAUAUUUUGGUUCAGGGUCAUUGCAAGGUUAACAACUUAAAGAAGGUGAGGGAGCUACUUGGUGUCAUGCUAAGGAAAAACUUCAGCAUUUCACUUGCAACUUUCCGCAAUUUGGUGUGUUUGAUGUGUGUGGAAGGUAGGGUUCUUUAUGCAGUGAAUCUGAAGGAGCUCAUGCAUGGACAAAGUGAGCCUCGCAAUCUCACCAUUUACAAUAUUCUGAUUUUCUAUCUUUUCCAAACUGGGAAUACUUUGAUUGUGAAUAACGUGUUGGAUCAUUUGCAAGAGAAGAAAUUGCUGCUGAAUGAAGUAACGUAUAAUUUUCUAGUAUAUGGGUUUUCUAGGUGUAAAGAUGUGUCAAGUGCUGUGGAAAUUCUGUCUACUAUGAUCUCUAAGGAAUUUAGGCCAAGCAACCGCAACUUGAGAAUAGUUAUGACCAGCCUGUGUGGGAUUGGGGAGCUUGAGAAAGCCUUGGAGUUGAGUCGAGAAAUGGAAUCAAGAGGCUGGGUUCAUGAUUCAAUCAUUCAAAAUGCCAUUGUUGAGGACCUCCUUUCUCAUGGUAAGCUUCAAGAAGCAGAAAAGUUUCUGGACAGGAUGGUAGAGAAAUGUCUAAUUCCUGAGAAUAUCAACUAUGAUAAUCUAAUUAAACGUUUUUGCUCAUGUGGACGAUUGAGCAAGGCAGUUGAUCUUCUAAACAUAAUGUUGAAGAAAGGAAAUCUUCCAGAAGCUACCAGUUAUGACUCUGUCACCAGCUCUUGCUGUGCAGUUAAUCAACUGGACCAAGCUAUGGAUUUUCAUACUGAGAUGCUGGAUAGAAAUCUCAAGCCAAGCAUCAACACAUGGGAAAUUCUUGUCCACAAUCUGUGCCGAGAUGGACAAACUGCAGAAGCAGAAAGGCUUUUGCUUUCAAUGGUUUGCGUAGGUGAGACAGUGAGCAGGGAGAUAUAUUCUUCUGUAAUUAAUAGGUAUCGCUUAGAAAAGAAUCUCAGGAAGACAGCAGAGCUCAUGCAAGCAAUGCAGCAGAGUGGUUUUGAGCCAGACUUUGAGACACACUGGUCUCUCAUAAGCAAUCUAAGCAAUUCUAGUGACAAGGACAAUGCAAACAGCAACAGGGGUUUUCUAGCAAGGCUUCUUUCUUCAAGUGGAUUUUCUCGGCAAAGGGAUUCGAAGACCAAACUGGGUUAA